UAUUUCCUUUUAAAUGCAGGUAAAUGGUUUAACUACGGAAUUAUUUUUCUCGUCUUGAUUUUGGACCUGAAUAUGUGGAAGAACCAAAUAUUUUAUAAACCUCAUGAAUAUGGACAAUACAUUGGCCCAGGGCAGAAGAUCUACACAGUCAAAGACUCUGAGAGUUUAAAGGAUUUGAACAGAACCAAGUUAUCCUGGGAAUGGAGGUCCAAUCACACUAAUCCUCAGACUAAUAAAACGUACGUUGAGGGAGACAUGUUCUUACACAGCAGGUACAUAGGGGCCAGCCUAGACGUCAAGUGUCUGGCUUUUGUUCCAAGUCUGAUAGCUUUCGUGUGGUUUGGAUUCUUCAUUUGGUUCUUUGGUCGGUUUCUGAAAAACGAGCAAGGCAUGGAGAAUCAAGAUAAAACCUACACUCGCAUGAAGAGGAAAUCGCCCUCAGAACAUAGCAAAGACAUGGGGAUCACCCGAGAAAACACGCAGGUCUCUGUGGAAGACCCUCUGAAUGACCCCCCCUUGGUCUGCAUCAGGUCCGACUUCAAUGAGAUAGUCUACAAGUCCUCCCACCUGACGUCGGAAAACCUGAGCUUGCAUUUGAAGGAGUCGACGGGCGAGAUGGAAGCUGAUGAAGACCCAACCACCUCUCAGAGUAUGCGGAUGAACUAGAGCCCCUUAGGUGGCGAGAGCACAAAGAGCAGCCCUGAGUGGAACGUUAAACCCGUGUAGUCUUUCAUUGUGUAAAUGUCAGGUUUACAUAGCGUUAGGUAAAGAAAUACAAACAAUGCCACAACGGUGCUCAACACGCUUUCUCUGGACUCAUUGUUUUCUAUUUGUAUUAUGAUCCACGUGCCUACUGUAUGUUUAACAGUCCUCUAGAGAUUGCUCUUCCCAACUGCACAAGCUACUUCCUGACUGUACAGCGUAGUAGAUUAGCUGACUACCCAUGUAUCUGAUGUUCAACCAUAGUGGUGCCUUGAGACAUUAAACUGUUUUUAACUGUACCAGACAUGAAGUGUAGAAUGGCUCUCCAGUCUAUGCCACGUGGGAUUUUUUUAUACAAUUAUUUUGAUUUACACUGGAUGUCGGAGCAGGAAAUAGACAAAGCCGACUUGUGGCUGUAGAAAGUUCGCUUGGUUUCCUGAUGAGCAGCAAAGUUGGUGACUUUGACGCUGGACUGUAGAGAAGCCCUGUGAUUGCCUUUUAAGUUUUAUUGGCUGGCUGCCAAGUAUAAAUACAAACAUGAAAUCCAGUGAGAGGAGAACUGUAAUCCAACAUGGGUCACUGCUCACAAAAGUGACUUUCUCCAACCACUAAUUGCAAUUAGGUGAUAAUACCUAAUUAUGUUUUCCUAAUUAAAGAUAAAUUGCUGCUUGAUUAAUAGUCUUGCCCUUUUCCUCUGGGAACAAAGGUUAAGAGGAACAGUUGGGUGAGUUCUCAAAUUUAUUGGCAUUUCCACAACAUCCCAGACAGCCAAGGAAUUCAAGUUGCAAUUGUGUGAAGGUUACACAGCCCACUGUCUACAAUAUUGUAAUUUUGCUGUAAAUAUGAUUCUGGGCAGGGAAAAUGGAAGAGCUUAUGGCAAUGUUGAGCAAGGGAAUUCUGAAAUCAUCCAUUAAAACCUCAUGUGGUAGAAUGCUGCGCAAGGGUCUGUUUAAUGUCUUUUGUGUAUGUGCAUUUUUGUUUGGGUUUCAUUUUUUAAAGAUGUAAACACCGCACAUUAAUAAAUAAGAAUUAUAUGCCA